UUCAGCCUCCUCGUCCUCUCGGCAGUAUGGCUGCCGUCCUGUAGCAGCUUCUGUGUGCAGACAUAAGAUUAAAACUUUAGCACUUUACAACAUGUCGGCGGUACUUUUCCUGAAGAAGUCUUUGAGCAGACUCCCUCCGGCUGUGGCUCGGCAGCUGGUCCGGUGCUGCUAUCACACCGAGAGAGGGGUGUUCGGGUACCGACCCAAACAGACCGAGAGCCGACAUGAGUUACUGAAGGACCGCAUCGCAGCGCUGAACCAAGAUCAUGGUCUGUCCCGUCUGGUGGAGGCAUACAGAGCACAUGGUCACAAGGCUGCUAAAAUCAACCCGUUACAGCCCGAUAAACCUGUUGCUGACAGCGUCCCGGAGAUAACCAUGCUGACCGACACCGUCACAGGAACACUCCACACCUCAGGUCUACGACAUUUUGGCAAAGCAGAGGCUUCAGUGGAAGAGGUGCAGGCCUACCUGGAAGGAGCGUACUGCGGCCACCUGUCAGUGGAGACCAGCCAGCUGAGCAGCCUGGAGGAGAGGGAGUGGUUCGCCGACCGCUUUGAGGAACUCAAGAAGAAGAGUUUCUCUACCGCGGAGAGGAAGCAGCUGGCCAAGGUCAUGCUGGAAUCUCAGGAAUUCGACCACUUCCUGGCCACCAAGUUUGCUACUGUGAAGCGUUAUGGAGGAGAAGGAGCAGAGAGCAUGAUGGGAUUCUUCCACGAGCUAUUCCGUUACUCAUCCUUCAGCGGAAUCACUGACAUCGUGAUUGGCAUGCCGCACAGAGGCCGACUCAACCUGCUGUCCGGCCUGCUGAAGUUCCCUCCAGAGCUCAUGUUCCGUAAGAUGCGCGGCCUCAGUGAGUUCCCAGAGACGUCCUCUGCCACCGGGGACGUCCUCUCCCACCUCACCGCGUCAUUAGAGUUGGAUUUCGGAGCUGAGCAUCCUGUCCAUGUGACCAUGCUGCCCAACCCCUCCCACCUUGAGGCCAUCAACCCCGUGGCUCAGGGCAAAACUCGAGCCAGGCAGCAGCUCAGGCAGGAAGGAGACUAUUCCCCUGAAGACAACGCAGAGCCAGGGGACCAGGUCGUCUGUCUGCAGGUCCACGGUGACGGCGCUUUCACUGGACAGGGGAUCGUUCCAGAAACGCUGACCCUUUCCAACCUCCCUCACUACAGAGUGGGUGGGAGCAUCCACCUCAUCGUCAACAACCAAGUGGGUUUCACCACUCCAUCCGAGAGGGGGAGGUCGUCUCUGUACUGUAGCGACGUCGGUAAGAUGGUGAACUGUGCUGUGAUCCACGUGAACGGCGAUGAUCCAGACGAGGUGCUGCGGGCCACUCAGCUGGCUGUGGACUACCAGCGUGUUUUCAGGAAGGACAUCAUCGUGGACCUGGUCUGCUACCGUCAGUGGGGCCACAACGAGCUGGACGAGCCCUUCUUCACCAACCCGGCCAUGUACAAGAUCAUCAAGUCAGUUCAAUUAGCCUUAAAGACUUUAUAUUACAACGCAUAUCACCUCAGAUGUUAG